AUGUCACCGCACUGUGCCGCACUUGACCGCAGAUACCUCUUUGAGGGCAAUCUGACAGGGCCCAUCCCCGAGUCAAUAGGAGCGCUCACCAACCUGCACGAUCUGGUACUGGUUGGCACCAGUCUCUCAGGCUCCAUUCCAGAGGCAAUCAGCCGCCUCAAGCAGCUACGAAGCUUGGAGCUGAAUGACAACAGGCUGAGUGGCACCAUUCCCGCCUGCAUUACCCACCUCACCGCACUCACCUCCCUCUACCUUGACCACAACCAGCUUACAGGAGAGCUGCCCUCCUUCCACCACAUGCCACAUCUCUCUUUGCCAUACAGUAUACAUGCUCAGAACAACUACCUCACGGCCACACCAGACCCUUCAAAUACCAGCAGCGUGUGUCUGUUCCACCACAACUGCCUUGGAGGCCACUUGAUCUUUUGCGGCCGCGGGGAGCAACAGAGGCGAGCCAGCGAGUGCCGGGCAUUCUGUGGGGCGCAGCCGCUCACCCCGCCGUGCAGCGGCCGUGGCGUGUGCUCCUUCCAGCCGGACCCCUCUCACAACAUGGCUGCCUGUGAGGAUGAGGAUGGCGAUAAGCCGCCGCCACGCUACUGUGAACCCGAGGGCCAGUGCGUCUGUGAUGAGGGGUACACGCCAGGGACAAAGGCUGGCACAUGCGUCUCCCACGUGCCUCUGCUCCUGCUCCGCCGCUUCCCUUCUCCUCUGCACACACAUCACUUCCUCCAACUCCUCUUGCUCUCCUUCCUCACCCUGCUGACACCAAUCCCCGCCACUCUCUCUUUCCCCAACCCACCCUCUGAGCCACCAGGCACUGCAGUCCUGGGGAGCCCUCUGUCCGGUCUCCAGGCGCCUCAAAACCUGCUGCUGCUGCUGCUGCUGCUGCUCAUGCUUCCACUGGCGGUGCUGCUGCUACUGGCCUUCACAGUGCCGCAGUUGCUGAGGCACCUCAGGAAUCGACCCCCCACACGCUACUUCUUUUCAAAGAGAGCCCUUGCUGCCCGGCAAGCUGCCAUGGGUGUGGAGAUCACUUGCUAG